ACACUCUUUAGCAUGAGACAGUGUUGUGCUGAUGUGUAGUUCAUUUAUUUUAUAAUAAAUUCACUUUGAACUCCCAUCACAAGAGUAAUUAAGAGUAAGAGUUUUUAUGAGUAAAAGAGUUUUGACAAAAAUAAAAUUUAAUGAAAUGAUUACCAUGAAUGAAUUGGUGGAUUUGCGUAUGCAACAGCAUAUCGCUCAUGAAUUGUAUCGGCAACAAAUUAUGCAACGAAUUCCAGACCCUUUUCCACCCAUGCUGCCUAUACCAAUGCCACGUCAUGUUAUAAUGCCACCCCGCGUCACGUUACCAGGUGUGGAGGUUACAUUACAAAAUGAUGAUCUAUGGAAACAAUUUCAUCAAAUUGGUACCGAAAUGAUUAUAACAAAAAGUGGAAGACGUAUGUUUCCAUCGAUGCGCUUGUCGCUAUCUGGGCUUGAGGAAGAUACUAAUUAUUGCAUAUUACUCGAGAUGGUACCUAUAGGCGAUUGUCGUUAUAAGUUUUCUGGUUCACAGUGGAUACCGGCCGGUGGUGCUGAACCUCAGUCACCUCAACGUAUGUACUUACAUCCUGACAGUCCGGCCACAGGUUCGCAUUGGCAGGCUCAACCGAUUCUAUUUAAUAAAGUCAAAUUAACUAACAAUACUUUGGAUAGUAGUGGCCAUAUUGUCUUGGCCAGCAUGCAUAAAUAUCAGCCACGUAUUCAUGUGAUACGGACCGCUGAUCUAGCUCAAAUACCAUGGGCUCCACAACAAGGUUUCGUGUUUCCUGAAACGGAAUUUGUAGCGGUAACGGCCUAUCAGGUACGUACAUACUAUUAG